CCCGUCUAUCCGUGCACAGGAACGCGAACGGACAGAACAGCGUGAAUGUCAGCUUGGCUGUCGGCCAUUUAAUUGUUGGUCUUUAAAAAGCACUCGUUUUUAUUCCUUCGGAACUGGACCCGCAAUCAUUUCCUUAACUUAGACGUAGUGAACGAGGGCCCAUGAGUGUUGCAUGGAGCGUGAGCCAGCAGUCGACGGGGCCGCGGAGCAGGAGAGCCCAGGGGCGGCGCAGGUGAAGCAGGGGCUCGGGCAGCUUACCCUCGAGACACCCGGGGCCAAGGGAGCCCGGAGGGACGCCAAGAACCCUCGGGCAAAGAACAAGGGGAAGCGCCAGCAGCAGCAGCCCGAGGAGCGCGGCCGGCUGUCGCUGAGUGACCCGGGCAACCUGCGUUGUGCCCCACCCCUCACCCAGUGCCCCGCACUGUCAAGCCGAUCCCCCGCGGCGGCCGGGUCGUCGCGCAUCCCCGUGGCCUCCGGCCCGAGCUCCCCGUCCUCGAGCGUGUGGGUGCCCCGUGACCGGGCCGGCUCAGACCCCCGCCGGGAGCCCCUGCUGCCCGAGGGCCUCAGGGCACAGCACGCCUCGCACAGGUGUCGGCGUCUUGGCGCCAGUGUCCGUCUCUCGCCCGGUUACAGGGGGGGCUCGGAGAGCGGCUCGAGUCCGUCCGCGUCCGGCGUGCGGCGCAGCCCCUGCAGUCCUUCCAGCACCCUCUCUGAGGGCUCCUUCCCUUCCAGCAGGCGCAGCUCCGAGACCCACCUGACUUCCCCCUCGUUGACCCCGAGGCAGAAGAACAAGGAGCGUCCCAAGUAUGAGGCCUACAUGCCUCUGUGUGAGGUGCAGCAGGCAUUGAAGAAGGGCCAGGUGGUUGAGGGCGUGCUGCGCAUCAACCCCCGCAACUACGAGGACUCGUUUAUCAGUGCGCCGGACAGUCAGAUGGACAUCUACAUUGGGGGACUACAUGACCGCAACCGGGCCCUGAACGGGGACCUGGUGGCUGUCGAGCUCAAGCCCCAGCACCAGUGGAAGAUUCACUGGGACCGGGUGCACCUAUGGGAGCAGCAGUCCGGCCGAAGCCUGCUGGACACGCUGCUGCUGGAGGAAGACGGGGAAGAGGGGGACGGAGGGGAGGAACCUGCGGAGGAGCCUGUGGAGGAGCCUGCGGAGGAGCCAGCCCUCGCCUCGGUGGAAGCCCCCAGCUGGGACGGUGCCCGGGCCGGGCUGGCCAGGCCCUCGGACACCAUCGAGGUGCUCGGCAUUGAGAGGCUGCUGGGGCAGGUGCAAGAAUACGUGGACCGUCGUCGCGGGGCAGGCCGGGUGUCGAUGCCCUGCUCCCUGGAGGCGUCCCUGGCCCCCCACGCCCUGGUGGAGCGGGACGAGGAGGCACCCCCGGCCCCCGAAGCGGCGGGGGACCCCUGGGCCAUCGGGGACGACGGGGGAUCCACCGUCGUCUUCUCUCCAGAGGAACUGCUCGAGGUGCCCGAGGAGGAGGUGGCAGCAAGCUGCCGGAAUCGAGGCAGCAGGAAGAAGACGGCGGCGCGCGUGGUGGCCCCGGACGAGCUGAGCGGCGAAGACUGGUUCUCGGACGGCAGCGAGGCCGGCAGCACGGGCAGCUGCACGCUCGACCAGCACCUGGAGGACAUGGCCUUCCUCAGGGCCUCCCAGGACGCCCGGAACAACAACGACGGAGACGCGCAGCUGGAGGAGGAGCCUUUGCCUCCCACCUUGCCCGUGCCUCCAACCUUGCCCGUGCCUCCUGCCUCGUCCGUGCCCACAGCUUUGCCCGUGCCCCUGGCCUCGUCUGUCCCCGACACAACAGUGCCAACCAGUAGGACCCCCAGGAAGCGUAGCAACAAGAAAAAGAAGAAAAAUAAGCAGGGCUCACCAAUCUCUUCCGGAGGCACCGCCAGCCUACGCAAGGAGAGCCAGUACGAGCAUGUCACCGUAGCGGACAUGUUGCGACACCCACAGUGGAAGCGCUUCGUCCAGUGCACGGGAAGGGUGGUGCACAUCCUGGAAGCCAAGAACUCCCGGGUGGCGGCGGGCACGCUGCGUCUUCUCCAGGACCGGAACCCGGCCUGGCUGCUCUUCUCCCCAAAGGACUCGCGCUUCCCCAGGAUGCUCAUACCCUCGGCCCAGGCGCCCCCAGGAUUCUUCGAGAGGCCAGCCGACUUCAGCCAGACUUUGUUCCUGGCUGAGAUGACCAAGUGGCUUCCUGACUCCACCUUUGCCCAGGGGCAGCUCAGGCGUCUGCUUGGACAGGCCGGAGACCUGGAGGUGGAGACUGAGGCCAUCCUGGAGUCCUACGAGGUGGAUCAUGGGGAGUUCCCUCCAGACAUUCUGGCACACCUGGAUCAGAGCUGGAAGGUGCCAGAGGAGGAGCUUUCCCGGCGACGGGACUUCCGCAGCGAGCUGGUUUUUACGGUGGACCCCAAGACAGCCAGGGACCUGGACGACGCACUGUCCUGCCGGCCACUGGACGACGGCACCCUCUGGGAGGUCGGGGUGCACAUUGCCGACGUGUCCAACUUUGUGCUCCCGGGCACCAAGCUCGACCAGGUGGCGUUGCGCCGGGCCACCAGCGUCUACCUUGUGCAACAGGUGGUCCCGAUGCUUCCCCGGCUGCUGUGCGAUCAGCUGUGCAGCCUACAUCCCGGGGAGGACAAGCUGACCUUCUCGGUGGUCUGGACCAUGACCCGGGACGGGCGGGUGCUCGACGAGUGGUUCGGCCGCUCCGUCAUCCGCUCCUGCGCCAAGCUCAGCUACGAGCACGCCCAGGACCUGAUGGACGACCCGGACCGGGAGCAUCCCGAGGGGGAGUUGCCGGAGCUGCACGGGGCCCACACGUGGGCGCAAGUGGCACAGGCCCUGGCCGUGCUCAGGGACAUGACAAGGGCCAUGCGGUCCCGUCGCUUCGAUGGGGGCGCCCUGCGUCUGGACCAGGUGCGGGUAGCCUUCUCCCUCAACCAGGACUUCCAGCCCGUCGGGUUCUCCGUCUACGAGCACACCGAGAGCCACAGAUUGAUAGAGGAGCUGAUGCUGCUGGCCAACAUGGCGGUGGCACACCGGCUGUACAAGGCCUUCCCCGAGCAGGCCUUUCUGCGCUCCCACCCUCCCCCAGACGAAGCCCAGCUCACCGAGGUGACGGCCUUGUGCACCGCCCACGGCAUCUCCCUGGACACCAGCUCGGCCGGCGCCCUCCAGAGGUCGCUGAACCAGCUUUUGGGCUCGGACGAAGCUUCUCAUGCCAGGCUCAAUGUACUUACCAACUUGCUCUCCAGACCAAUGAAAAUGGCCACCUACUUCUGCGCAGGAAGGCGGGAUGACCCGGACACGUUUUGGCACUACGCCCUCAACGUGCCUCUCUACACACACUUUACAUCCCCUAUUCGACGUUACGCGGACAUCAUGGUCCACCGACUGCUGGGUGCCGCCUUGGGUUACAGCGAGCCCCUGCGUCAAAGUCCCAAAGAGCUGCAGGGAAUCGCGGAGCACUGCAACGACAAGAAGUUCAAGGCGCGCAACGUCCAGGAUCUCAGCAUUGAGCUCUUCCUCUAUGUGUUCAUACAGCAAUGUGGCAAGUUUGAGGACCGUGCCAUGGUGACCUCCGUCCAGGAGCACGCCUUUGACGUGCUGUCCCUCAGCGUGGGCAUGGUCAAGAGAGUCUACUGUGAUAAACUGGGUGUGAAGAGCUUCUCCCACUCGACGGAAGGCGGCAGAAACUGCAUCGAACUGCGCUACCAGUCCGCAGACGGCGUGUCGGAGGUCACCGAUACAAUUGGGGUCUUCAAGCUGGUGGACAUCGUCAUCGUCGCCAUGCCCAGGGAGCCCCUCAAGUACCAGGUUGUUCUCAAGCCUCCUGUCAACACAGUGCCCGUUCCCCCCAAGAAGGAAGACAGGCCAUUCAAGGGCAAGCAGUUCAGCAACCAAAAGCGGAUCCCGACUUAAAGUUUUUUAUUGUUUGGCGCGGUGGAAUGCUUGCACUUCUGUCUUUCAUUAUGCAGCUUUUGGACGCAGAUUUGCCUUGUGUAGGGGCUAUGCAAAGAUCUCCACCUGAUAAUAAAAGCUUUUAUUUCUCAUAA